AUGCCUCUCUGCCCCGCCGCCGCGCGGGGGGGCUCUCCACCGGCCAGCGGGAGGGACACCAAAGGCUCUUCCGCGGCAGCUUUCGCCGCCUCCUCAGCUUCCGCGGCCUCCUCAUCUUACGCUGGCUCUAGGGCGGGGAGACACACGCGAGGAGACGCGAUGCCUCGCCCGUCCUCCGGCCGGCCCGCGUUUCCGUUCCCCGGAAAAACGAGCAGAGGAUCCCCUGGAGAUGAAGUGCUCUGCGUGGAGAGCGAUGAAGAGGCGGGAGACAUCGAAGACACGUGGGCCGACUCGAACCGAGGAGCGAAGCGACAGUUUCGACUGAGCACGACUUCAGAACCCUGCAUCGACUUGUCUUCUCCGUCCCCCAAGAAAGACCACGCAACACGAAGAGACAGAGACCCCGAAAUGCCCAGCUCCUCUUCGUCUUCGUCCUCUUCUUCUGCCUCUUCUUCCGCCUCUUCUUCCUCGUCUUCCGCUUUUUCUUCGACUUCGGCAGCUGCGUCCUCGCCUCUCAGGUCGAAGGCGCGUGAGGGCUCUUCCGGUUUUCCGCGUCUUGGCGAGCAUGAGCGCCAGGCGAACAGUUCGCUCCGCCACCUUGGGAAGGUUCCCGGCGCGUCGUGGCUGGAGCAGGAGCUGCGCGUCUCUGUGUGGGACGGGGUGGGGACGAAGCGUGGGUACUUGUAUAACAUGGUCCAGAUGCAAGCAGAAGUCGCGACGAGUGAAGACAAGAAGGAGACCGUGUCGGGACUCCAUCUCUACUUUGUCUCGGAGACCGGUGCGACUUGGCGCACGUCUCUGCUUCACCGCCCGUACUUUUACAUUUCUCUUCGUCGCACCAGAGCCUCCUACUUUGAGCAGCUGAAAGAGGCUCUCAUGGAUCUCCUUGGCGAUGCAGAAGUUCGCUUCGAGAAGACGUUCCGCGAAGACCUCUCCGACCCUGUCCACCUCGGCCCUCUUCUCCCCGGAUGGCAGGCGCCGGAGGAGUCGAAGACUUCUUCUCUUCGCGAAUUCGUCCAAAUCUCGUUUGCCAACGUCAAGCAACUCGUGGACGCGAGAGACGAACUGAGGAAAAUCGUUCGCCGCAACCAGGAAGCUCGGGACCGCCAACGCGAGGAAGAACGACUCGCUAAUUUCGCAGAAAAAACCAAGGCCAAGAACGGCGCGUUCGCCUCGCACACGCAGUCGCGUUUUGCUGCUCCAGACGACAUGAACUUCGCCGACGUCGCCUUCCGCAACUGCGCAGGUGACGAGCGAGACGGCCAUGACCCGCAGAGAGGAGGCCGAAGAGAAGAUGGCAAAGGCCGAGGACGAAAAACGCGACAAGAACAAGGCGAAGAUGUCACCGCACUCAUUGAAGAUGUCUUUGAAGCUGAUGUUCUCUACAUCACACGGUGCUGCAUAGACUUGAAACUGCGGUGCGGGCUCUGGCAUGACGUCCACCGUUCCAGUUCCGCCUUGGCAUCUCCCGUGGCGCUGACGCCGCUUCCCAACUGCGCAACAGCGCCGCCUCUGCGCGUCCUGGCGUGGGAUAUCGAGUGUAGCAAGCAGCCCCUGAAGUUUCCCGACAGCAACACAGACCACGUGAUCCUCAUUUCCUACAUGUUUAACGGACAAGGGUACUUGAUUGUGAAUCGCCAGUGGUUGUCUGAAGACAUCCACCCGUUCGAGUUCCGCGCGAAGAAAGGCAUGGAGGGCGCCGGUCCGUUCAUCAUCUUCAACGAAAAAGGCGAGAAGGAACUUCUCACGCGCUUCGUCCAACACGUCCUCAAGCUCCGCCCGCACAUCCUGGCGACGUACAACGGGGACUCCUUUGACUUCCCUUUCGUCUACAAAAGAGGCGAUGUGAAUGGCCUGGACUUCAUUUCUUCCUUCGGCAUCACGCCCUUCACCUCUGACAGCUCGUACCAGGGGAACAGCGCACUGAUUCACAUCGACUGCUUCAAGUGGGUCGAGAGAGACUCGUAUCUCCCUCAAGGAUCCCGCACCCUCAAGCUCGUCUGCAAAGAGAAACUCCGGUUCAAUCCCGUCGAAGUUGAUCCGGAAGACAUGCUCUCUAUAGGUCGCCCUAGUUUCCGCAAUGACCUUGAAGAGACGUUCACGUUGGACAGCGACGCGUAUCAGUUUUUGAUUGAUUCUUUGGACGAGACGCUUCUCUUUUGGUUGAAUCAAGAGAACGCGUCGUCGUCGUCGUCGCUGACUCCAGAGGAUUUCCCAGACUGGCAGGUGCACAGACAAGACAUCCUGGAUCGCCUGGUCAGCUUGCGAAACGCGCGUGUCCUCCGUUCACUCCCGGUCAUUUAUCACCUGGACGUGUCUGCGAUGUACCCCAACAUCAUCCUCACGCAUCGACUCCAACCUCCUGCGGUCGUCGACGAGGAAUUCUGUAGCCAAUGCCCGUUCUCCAAAGAAGCCGCGCUGUGUCAGCGGCGGAUGACGUGGCGCCGGAAACUGGAAGUCUCGCCCGCCGAGAAGGGACACAUUCUGCCGCUGCAGCAGAAGCUUAAGAUGAAACUUUUCGAGGUGACCGGCGACCGCAGGGAGAAGGCGUCGCAGGCUGCGAAGGAAGCUCAGGGCGAGGACGAGGCGAGCGAGGACGACUGGGAAGAAGACGAAGAAGGCGAGAAGAAGAAGCGAGGCCGAGAAGGAUUUGGAAGGGAAGAGACGCAGGCCGCCCGCGCGACAAAAAAGACGUGGACAGAGUUGACUGAGAAACAGAAACACAUGGAACUCAUCAAAGUCGUGAAAGACUUCUCUCUCAAGGCGUACAAGAAAACCAAGAUGCAAAAGGAAGUGGACCAGGAGGCGAUUGUGUGUCAGCGGGAGAAUCCGUUCUACGUCGACACCGUGCGAGCGUUCCGAGACCGACGUUACAUUUUCAAGAGACGGCUGAAGGCUGCGGAACGCCUUCGGGAGAAACUGGAGAGAGAAGGCGGAACUUUCCAAGAAAAGAAGGAUGCCGACGACGUCAUUCUGCUGAACGACUCUCUGCAACUCGCGCACAAGUGCAUCCUCAACUCGUUCUACGGAUACGUGAAGCGCGACGCUGCAAGGUGGUACUCCAUGCAGAUGGGCGCCGUCGUGACGAAGGCAGGUGCUGACAUCAUUCAGGGCGCGAAAAACAUGAUUGACGGCUUGGGAGUGACCAUGGAACUCGACACAGACGGCAUUUGGUGCAUGCUGCCGCAAAAGUUUCCGCAAAAGUACGUCUUCCACGACAAGUCGGGGAAGGAGUUCCGCUUCGAGUUUCCCACGACGAUUCUGAAUCAAGACGUCCAUCGCCGGUACACCAACGAUCAGUACCUCGACUUUGACGAAGAGACGCAAACGUUCAAGCGCCAAGUCCGCAAUGAGGUGUACUUCGAGCUCGACGGCCCCUGGAGAGCCAUGUUCCUCCCCGCCAGCGAAAAGAGCGACGAUCUGCUCAAGAAACGAUACGUGAUCUUUGCGCAGGACGGCUCGAUUUCGGAGUUGAAGGGUUUCGAGGUGAAGCGUCGCGGGGAGUUGCAGAUCGUUAAGUUGUUUCAGACGGAAGUUUUCCCCAAGUUGAUUGAAGGGAAGACGAAGGAGGAGGCGUACCGCGCCGCGGCGGCGGUCGCGUAUCGGUAUCGAGAUCUCCUGACUAGCCAAGGAGUCUCUGUGCAGGACGACGAGGACUUGGAGGAGCUGAUUGUGACGAAGAAGGUUCUCGGCAAGCCUGUCGUCUCUCAGGGCUUGGGAAAGAGCAUGAGCAUCACCACUGGCAAGCGCCUCGCGGAGCUUCUCAGAAACGAAACGUACCUCACCGACGCCCCCGUCAGCACGCAGUACAUUGUCGUCAACCGCCCCGUCGGCGUGGAGAAGACUGCGCGCGCUGUCCCCGUCCAGCUGUUUCACUCGAGUCCAGAGACCAAGGCGUUCUACUACCAAAAAUGGCUGAACCUGACGCCCACAUCGGUCUCUUCCUUCUCUGCUUCGGGGCAAACCUUUGGCGGAGCAGGAGACGCCGGGGCGUCGGCGGCGAACACUCUCGCGCUGGCGUCCAUCGACAUUCGCCAACUGAUCGACUGGUCGUACUACUCGGAGCGCCUCGACGUUCAGUUCCAGAAGAUCCUCUGCAUUCCGGCGAUGCGCCAAGGCCUUCCCAACCCGAUUCCAGAAGUCGCCGUCCCCGAGUGGCUGAAGAAGCAACAAGCAACGAACAAUCCGCUGCAGGCCAAGAUGGAGCAUUUCUUCCGCUGGAAGAAGAACAAGCUCGAGAACGCCCCCGAGUCCCCGCGGGCGGAGGCGAAAGGCGAGAGGGGCGAAGCGGAGACGCAGGAACGCCCUCCGAGCGCGGACGACUUGUUUGGAGACGAAGAGACCGUCGUGGACGUCGAGAACAUCACAGAGGCGAACGGCGUGCGCAGAAAACCUUCGGAGGAAGACAAGCUCCUGCAGACCCAGCGAGAAGAACGCGAACGCCAGGCGAAACAGCGCCGCGAAGAAAAACGAAUGUGGAAGCACGACGUCGGCGCUUGGGUCGCUGCGCAAAAACAAAAGUGGAAACAACAGCGCGAGCACUUGCGUCAGUCUCGCGCCUUCAGCGCCGUCCAGCGCCUCCCGGCCGGUCUCACCCCCGCCGUCCUGACGCGAAACCUGGGAGCGGUGAAGCUGAUGAAGAACUGGGGUCUCUCGCUGCACGACGUCGCGCUUCUUCUGACGCAGCCCUGGCACUUGUUCGACUUCUUCGUGGAUCCACGGGAUCCAGGCCUCUUCUACUGUCGGGUCUCUACCGACGCGUCGCGCGGCUUCUACACCGUCCCCGUCCAGGUGUACAGGCAGGUGUUUCUGAACACGAAGCGAGACAUUGGCGAGUUGCUGCAAGACCGAAACAUCCUCUCGCCCGACGCCGACAUUUCCUUGAAACCCCUCCGCGGUGUCUUUGCGCUGCCGCGAGGCAUGCGGCAGCACGACCUGGUCGAAAUGACCAUGCCCGAGAGUCUCUUCCAGAGAGAAAAGAACAAGCUGCCUUCGCUGUUCUACAGUGAAACUGCAGCGAUCUACGAGACGGAGAUUCCCCUCGACUUCCAGUUCCUGUCGAAAGUUGGAAACACCAUGCUGGUCGGCUCCACCGAGCUCGACGACGCGCUUCGCGGCACAGACGGGCGUUUUCGUUCUCCGUUUCUCUCGCGGUUUUCCUCUUCGUCGCGAUCGUCCUUCUCCUCUCUCGCUUCGUCCUCUUCCUACUUGCCUUCCGUCUCGCCGAUUUUCGUCCACAUUUUCCACCACAGCCCACCGACCGCUUCAGCCGCCUCGCCUUCGCCCGACAGGAUCUUCGCGGCCGUGUACGAGCCCAAGCAAGAGGCUGCUUUCUUCUUUGGGGGGGCGGUCAACGAGGGAAACGUUGCGCGCGUCGAAGCGAAGGACGUGAGGGACCGGUUUCUCGCCACGCUCUCGCAGGCGCUUCAGCGGAAACGCGGAGAGAGGACCGAGGACGAGAUGCGUGCAGAGGGUGCGCCGGCGCCAAGCAGCCAAAGCGACUGCGGCUUCAGCCAGACGACCGAGACGCAGGGAGCGCAGAGCCAGGCGAGCUCUCUCGCGUUUGCGUCCCAAGCGCAGAGAAGCGAAGACGAAGAAGAGGUUGAUGGGAUCGAGGCGAUCGACGAGCGAGAUUUGGAGGCUUUCUCGGCCUCGUUCCAGAACUUGCGUCGCCCGCCAGUGCUGCGUCUCUCUUCUUCGUCGCCGCACCGCUCCGUGCAAACCGUGCUGCGCGACAUCGAGACGCACCUGCGAGAGCGUCAGCGACGGCCUUCGGUUUCCCACUCCACUGCCUCGAAAUCCGUCGUCUACCUCUGCUCCACGCUCCCUGCAGAGGCCGUCGGGAGUUGGGUCUUGCCGGCGCACCGCCUCUCGCCCUCAGGGCGCGGAGACAGUCUCCCCGUCGUGGCGUGUCCCGGCCUCGACCGCAGACUGGCCAGAAUCAAGAAGAGCAACUUUGCAGAGGAGUGCUUGCGCGAGUCCAUCUCCCUCCUGUUUUGGCAGCACCGCAUCUUCGAGGAGUCGCUCUGGGUCUCCCGUCUCUUCUCCUUCCCUCUCGGAACUCUCUUGGGCCUCGCCUCGCCCCGCCGUUCGUCGCCGUCAUCUCUCCUUUUCUCUUCUUCGGGGCAGCCGGUCUGUGCGCCUCACACGCGCCUGCUCUUCGAUCUCCACUUCGCGCAGCUCCUGCGUGAGCGGAAAGGGAUUCUGUGGGGAGGGCGCCCAGAUCUGCUGCAUGCAGUUCCGCAGGUAUCGCCUUUGCUGCCAGCGUCUCCGAAGCACGGCCUGCGCGACGCGCGAGACGCAGACGCCCCCGAGUUCUCUCUGGGUCUCAAAGUCGAAAGAGAUGUUGACCUGGGAAAUGCCCGCCUGAGUGCCCUCAACCACGCCGACUACGACCUCGCCUCGAGCAUCACGCCCAUCGUCGAACCUGGAAUCUACCGCUCCGUCUGCUUUGAAAUUCUCCUCAACGACUCGCUCAUCUUCAACAGCGUGCGUCUCUGCGACAAGAUCGAUCCCGAAUUCACCACUGCGUCGGACUGGCUGAACCGCGAAAGCAAAUCGCUGAAUGCUGUCCGACGCGAAACGCUGCUGAAGAAGGAAGAGCAUCAGUCGCUCUCCUCGCCGCGUCGAGAGACAGAGAGCGAAGAGCGGAGGAAGCGCGGCCAGAAGGGAAUAAACGAAGAGCUCCAGGAGAAGGACUACGACGCCAACGGACCCGACGAGAGUCUCGCGGACUUCCACUCUACGAGCCAGUUCCACCCUGCAGCGUUUCGAACUCUCGGCCGCAGUUUGGAGAAGCUCUACAGAGACCUUUCGUCGUUGCGUGGACGCGUCGCGUAUCCCUCCGUUGUUCGGCACCUCGUCUCUCUGCCGAACUUCUUCUACGCCUGGGUCUGUAGCCCCGAGGCGCUCCUCUUCGAUCCUGCUCUCCACCAAAAGGUUCUUCGCUACUGCACUGUCUACUUCUCUCUCUUUUUGUCGGAGUUGUCGGAGCGGCGCAACCUCUCGGUGGUGUUUGCGAACCCGCGGCGGCUGCUGGUCGCCACGCCGCACGUGCUGCUGAGCGAGGGCGAGAAGCAGUUGCGGUCCGUCAUCGGCCACCUGAACAGCACGGCGCUCUUCGACGCGCUGCCCGUCACCGUCUCCUCCGCCUUCGUCGCCGUCGCUCAGCUCGACGCGUCCUCCUGGAUCGGGUACAAGGAGAUCUUCGACGAGCGCGAAGCGGAGCGAGAAGGCGGGCGAGGGGCGCAAGAGAGAGAAAACGCGGGGGCUGGGAGAGGCCGAGAAGCGUGGCGAGGGGAGAUCGACGAGAUCUUUGGCCGACGAGAACAAGCAGACCGCGCCGAUUCAAGAGGCCGAAGGAGGUCCCCCGCCGACGGAGAGGCUGAGAGUGAAGACGACGUUGAGGAAGAUAUGGAGGAGGACGUUGAGGAAGAUAUGGAGGAAGAUAUGGAGGAGGACGGGAGAGACGGCUCCGAAGAUGGAGAUGGCCUUGCGCCGUUCUCGCCUGUCGAAGACCACUUGGUGUUUUUGUGUUGUCUGCCUGCACCACUCCGGCGCUUCCUGUCGGCGUUGAUGGACCGCAUUGUGCUCUCGCCCCUCCAGAACUUCUACAAGAAAAUCUUUGAGGAAGAAGACGACGUCGCCCCCAAUCCAGACAGGGACGCGCUCGACGGCCUCGGCAAUCACCUGCCGCAAGCGCUGCUGCUCAUGUCUCCGGAGGAGACGAAGAAGGCCAUUCGCGGAUUUGUCGCGAAGCUCUGGUUCGAUCCCCAAGACUUGGUUUUCACCUGCGAGGGCGAGGAAGUGGAAGCGCGGGGGCGAGAGCGCGGCGACGAGGACGGAGACGGACGCUCAGGCGGCCCCAGGAAAGCCAAGAAGCUCCAGCUGCUGAGGCAGGCAGUGGAAAACGGAGACGAACUGUCUCUCUUCUCGCAUGUGCUGCUCUGCCUCGAAGAUCCACGGUUUCUCCUCAACCACUACGGCGACUCGGCGGACGGAGCAGACGGCGAUCUCUCUUUCAAGCAACUCGACUUCCCCAACCGCCUGGGCAGUCGUCUCCGCCACACAGGCGGGAACUGGCGUCUCGAGGCGGUGAAAUUUCUUGUUCGUCUUCUCGCCAUGGAUCGAGCGAUAGACUUCACUGUCGACAGUUGGGCUGAAGCAUUCGACGAGAGACGCCACGAGUUGUUCGCGUUGACGGGCGAGAGCGAAUUCUGUCACCUCGCGUGGCGCAGUCCUCUCAAGUCACUGAUGCUUCGGGACGUGGAGUGCGGAGCCUGUCACACGGUCGACGAUCUGGAUCUCCUUCUGUGCAUCCGCGAAGAACAAGAAGUCCUCGAGAAUGGAGAAGUUGUCGAUUUCAAGACAUGCAACUGUCCUAGGUGCGGAGAAGCGUUUCCCGAUCCCCUCGUCGAGGCGCUGCUCUACAGAGCUGUCGGCGAGAAGUACUACGCCUACGCGGCCCAAGAUCAUCCAUGCUCUUCGUGCAACGCUGUGAAUGCUCUGUAUCGGCGAAGCAAGUGCCGGUGCGGCAAGCCGCUGAAGCCGAGACUCAAGGAAGAGGACUGGGAGGAAUUCAUCGAGUCCGUGCAAGAGUUCGCGGUGGAGAUGGGAUACGACAAACUUCAGUAUCGUCUGGCCGCUCUUCAGCAAGCAUGUUUGCUUCUUGGUGAUGGGACAUCUGCAUAG